AUGUGCAAGCCCAAUGCCGCCGGCUCCUGCUACGCCUUUGACGACGCAGCCUCCACGCCGACCGCUGCGGCCGAUUCUGUGCAGCACAGGAUAACGGAGAUGGUCUUGACGAUCAACAAGCCCUCGAAGUCGCACCCGAUCGGGCUAGUGCUCACGUCGUCCGGCAGAGACCCGCCCAUUGUCACAGAGAUCGACACUGAGUCGCCCGCGCAGGGCACACUCAAGCUCGGAGACUGCAUCGUCUCUGUCAACGGGGACCCGGCCGAGGGCGCGCAGGGCACGAAGGCGCGUCUCAUGUCCUAA